AAACGCCCUUCCCCCGACAUCACAGUAGCACAUCAGACUUUACAACACAUAUACAAUUCUCAUUCAGAAAUAAAGUCAUAUAAGCUGUUUGUUUAGAGAACUUUAUCAUUUAAUUUAAAAGGUGCAGUCCACUGAAGUAAAGUUAGCAGGGUCAGCCAGUGAUUAUGUUUACAUGGACAGUAGUAAUCUAAUUACUGACCUUAUUCUAAAUAAUACAGUAUUCAAAUUAAGGUGUUUACAUAAAAUGCUUUUAAUGCUUUCAUGUUCCCAUUUUACAUGUUAUAGAAUUAAUCCAUUAAUCGCAGACAUUAUUACAUCCCCAUGUUACUCCUGAACAACAUAAAGUUCAUAGUUGUUGUGAUACUAUAUUAUUUUUUUAUUUUAAAUAUUACGAAAGCUUAAAGUGCAGUUAAUUAUUUGUUAUAUGUGUUAGAUGUAGGGUUGCUAACUUUGUCACCCUCACCAAAUACAGGACAAAAGGUGGUCUGCUGCAGCAGUGCAGGCAUGGUUUUGUUUGUAUACAGUGUAUUUUGUCCAAAUGAUAGCUAAUCCCUUAAUUAAAAUUGUAUAAUAACUCUUAUGCCUUGGCAACAUACAAUGGGUUUAUUAACAGUUUGUUGGUACAGCAGGUACUUUUAACACAGUCCUUAAAUUGAACCAUUACCGUAUAACGCUGCUGAAAAAAAACAGCAUCAAACCAGCAUGGACCAGCAUGGGAAUUAUGCUGGUCUAUGCUGGUUUAGCUGGUGGUCACAGCAUACCAGCACCAAAACACAACAUAUGCUGGUAUGACCAGCAUGGGAUGCUGGUGCUAAUGCUGGUUUAGCUGGUGCUAAUGCUGGUUUGGUGCUGGUUUAGCUGGUGCUAAUGCUGGUGCUGAUGCUGGUUUGAUGCUGGUUUAGCUGGUGUUCACUAGCAAACCAGCACCAAAACACAACAUAUGCUGGUCUUGCUGGUAUGCUGUUUUUUUCAGCAGGGAAGACAAAACAGUUGUGACUUCUGCACUAAGGGUAAUUAAACGUUAUCCCCUUCAUGUUCAUCUUACAUGUGACAAACUAAAACUAACAUAGAUUCAAUGAUUCUGUGAGCUGUAGUUUUGCAGAGUCAACUUCAAAUACUUUAAUUAAAACACACAGGAUGUGAAUUAGAAGUGUGAGAAUGUCCAAGCAAAGUUGGAAAUGUUUUGUUGGGGCCUUUAAGAUCGAUUUAUUACGCAGGUCUGGAUCAGUGAUCUCUUUGUAAUUGAGACUGAGCAUUUUAAUUAUGAAGAUCUUUGCACAAAUAAUAAAAGGAUAACAUGAUAUCAUAUUAUAUGACCCCCUUUAGCGUAUACUGAUUGUGUUUGAGAUUAUUCUCAAGUGUUCAGCACUGCUUGCUAGUUGUUUGACUUCAUGCAGUGCCGCAUGAACAGACAGGCGGAUGACAUCAAAGUACCGCGAGAGCAUUUCGAUAGCAGUCCACUUUGUCUGAAUUCUCAAAUCACUCUUGUUGGAUUUUGUCGUCAUCUGCUUCUCAGUUGUUGUGGAGCCACUGUUUAGAUCAACGUAGCAGUCAAAAACAAGACAUGGGAGGUCACAUACAGGACUAAAAUCAAUGAGACCCAAAAUACGGACAUGCCGACUAAUACGGGACAGUUGGAAACCUAGCUAGAGGGCCUUUCCUGCUUGAAGCCAUCUGUUUACAGCCAAACGGUUGACCACUGUGUGUGUAUAUGUGUCCUGUCACAAAACUCCCACACAACGUUAGUAUUGUGAUUGAAGUGUGUAGGUCAUGAUGCACUUUGAUAAUGAAGCUAAAAUAUGAAUAUGAAUUUGAUUUGUGUUUACUUUGAUUAUGACUUUAGCCAAAUAAGAGUAAUUAAAAACCACUGUUUACAUCUUAGUUUUGCAGUUGUUUUAUUUGAAUAUUGUUGUGCAUGUAAACAUUGAAACCCACUUGUUUUAGCCACUGAUGCUCCACAUCAGAGCAGCACAUCAAACUGCUAACUACACAACCAGAAGAAAUGAACAGGAGAUUUAGUGUCAUUUGAGGUUAUCAACAUAUAAACAUGCUUUUCACACUGGAAAAGUUAACACCAGGUUAUUCUAAACCCCGGGUUAACGGAAUCCUGGGUUAUCUGUUUCACGUGUCACACUGUUCGUGCUUAACCAGGGGUUAAGAGAUAACCCUGGGUAUUCAUAAUCUGAAGUUACACAUUGUGUAUUCCUAAACCCUAGGUCAGGUGUCUAAAACCCUGCUCAUACACCUGUCUGUAAUUAUCAAGCAACCCUGAACACCUUGAUUAGCUGUUUCAGCUGUGUUCAAUUUGGGUCAAAAGUUAUUAUAUUAUAUUUUUUACUUGUUUAAAAAAGCUUUGUUGCAUGUUUAAUUUUUAUUAGGUAAUAAAAAAGACAGUCCAAUAAGAUAUUGUAGGUGGAGCAGUAAAUGUUCUCAAGAAACAGAGCUUUCAUUAAGCUGUUUUGUUGUAUGUAUUAAAUGUUUUUAAAAGUACAUUCCAUCAAUUAAUUUCCAUGUGGAUUUGUCAACAUUUAGAGGAAUCUCUCUGUAAAUAGCAGUUGUUUUGGACAGUAGCACGAGGCGCUGUGCUGAUCCCCUUGUCUGUGGCGUAACAGCAACAACACUAAGCUGUGUUCAUACAGCGCUGCGCAGAUCGAACAAGAUAUGACAUCACAGUACCGCGAGAUCAAACUUUAUCAAUACGUGCUCGAAUCGCUCACGCGAUAUUUCAACGUGACAUCCUUUCGGCCUUCCUAUCAACGACACUUUUACUACGCAAGUCAGCAGCAGUGGAUUCGUUUCCCUGGAAAUGCAGACACGUGAUAAUGACAUCACCGCUGUUAGCCCCAAUUUCCCGCGAAGCAGACUACACGCGCUCAUUAUAGGAGGAAAGUCAUUGCAUGUCACUGCAGUCGCCAUGAUGCUGGGUAUACCAAGGCAGAAAAAACGAAAAAGACCUCAACAGGAUGCUGAGCAUCACAUUACUUGCAAAACAGACAAGCCUGAGCUUUAUGAGCAAGUUAUCAGCAAAUAUAAAGGACGUGGAGUUUUCACCACUGAAGCAUUUUUUAGAGGUGAUUUUGUCCUUGAAUACAGAGGUGAACUUCUGACUUCAGAGGAGAGCCUUGAUCGAUCUGAACUCUACAAUGACGUUGAGAACACAUUCUUGUUUGAUUUUCAGUGGCAUGGCAAAAAUUGGUGCAUGGAUGCAUCCAAGGAAGAUGGGUCCUUGGGAAGACUUGUAAAUGAUGAGCACAGAAAUCCUACAUGCAAAAUAAGAACUGUUGAAGUGAACAAAAAACCUCAUCUGUGUCUUUUUGCUGUACGAGAUAUCCAACCAGGAGAAGAAAUCACUUACAGUUAUGGAGAUUCAGAUUGGCCUUGGCGAGCUAAGGUAUCAUCAACAGAAUCCAGUGAUAAAAGCCCAGUCAGCAGUUUGGAUUUGCAGAAAUUGUUCCAUCAGGCUCCUCCUGUUUCCUCAUCUGCCCUGUAUAAGGUGUACAUCAAUGAACCACAUAAGCAAGUUGAGCCACAACAGUCAGGCAAAGCAAGUACAUCAGAGAAUAAAAUGAAACUCAAAGAUUGCCAUGAGCGCUUUAACAGAGCACAAAUUAAAACGAAAAAAACUGCCAUAGAGCCAUCACAAGAAUAUUUCAUGCCCUCAUCACCUGUGAUGACCACAUCAUCUUUCUCUGCACUUGUGCAGCCCUCAUCACCUGUGAAGACCACAUCAUCGUCCUCUUCUCCUGUGCAGCCCUCAUCACCUGUGAAGACCACAUCAUCGUCCUCUGCACUUGUGCAGCCCUCAUCACCUGUGAAGACCACAUCAUCGUCCUCUUCUCCUGUGCAGCCCUCAUCACCUGUGAAGACCACAUCAUCGUCCUCUUCUCCUGUGCAGCCCUCAUCACCUGUGAAGACCACAUCAUCUUCCUCUGCACUUGUGCAGCCCUCAUCAUCUGUGAUGACCACAUCAUCGUCCUCUGCACUUGUGCAGCCCUCAUCACCUGUGAAGACCACAUCAUCGUCCUCUUCUCCUGUGCAGCCCUCAUCACCUGUGAAGACCACAUCAUCUUCCUCUGCACUUGUGCAGCCCUCAUCAUCUGUGAUGACCACAUCAUCGUCCUCUACUCCUGUGCAGCCCUCAUCACCUGUGAUGACCACAUCAUCGUCCUCUGCACUUGUGCAGCCCUCAUCACCUGUGAAGACCACAUCAUCGUCCUCUGCACUUGUGCAGCCCUCAUCAUCUGUGAUGACCACAUCAUCGUCCUCUUCUCCUGUGCAUCCCUCUACACCCUUGCCCUGUGCUGCUUCCACCCCUGUGAUUUCCUCAUCACAGGUGUCUGAGACACUAUCUUUAAUGGAGAUGCACUCAUUAAGGCAAUCAAGAAAAAGACAGUAUUCUGGGAGUGCCUACAGUGAUUCAGAUGUUACGGACUACAGUGAUGUUGACUACAUACCCCAGUUCAGCUCAGAUGAAUCAGAUGGAAGUGCUUCUGGACAAAGCAAGGCUGAAAGGAGUUCAGAUGGAUCAAACAAUAAGUCUGAAUGUAGUGAUCCUAGACCCAACAAACGUUUAAGACAUACUAAAUCACCCCUUUCAAAAAGGAAAGCUGAAGAGGCAGGUAGUUCAUCUGCCAAAUGUAUGACAGCAGUGUCAUCAAAAAGGAUGAAAUGCCAAACUGAAGAGACCGAAACCUCAUCUGACAAAAAGACUUUGGUUCAGUCAAUGCCAUCACCACAAAAAAAGAGCAGGUCAUAUAACAAAAAACAGUAUUGCCUUUAUUGCUCUAAGCCAUAUGCAAAAAUGGCAAGACACCUUGAGUUUGUACAUCGCAAUGAAGUAGAGGUUGCAAAGGCUGUAGCUUUCCCAAAACGUUCCAAAGAACGAAGAGUCCAGUUAAACCUUCUUAGAAAAAAGGGCAACUUUGCUCACAACACAGAUGUGGUGAGAAAAGGGGAAGGUGAGAUGAUUGCCUGCUACCGUCCAAAAAAGUGCAAAAACCCCAAAGAAUUUAUCCACUGUAUUCACUGUCAAGGCCUUUACAACAAGCUCAGCCUAUGGAAACACAUUAAAAACUGUCCACUUAAACCGAAGGAUGAUGAUGCUCAGGGCAGAAAAAGAGUAAGAUCUCUUUGUGCCCUAAAAACACCUGUUGGCUUAGAGGUGAGUAAAGGUUUCAAGAAAGUACUUUCCCUGAUGAACUAUGACGAAGUUUCAAGGGUGAUUCAUAGUGACAGAUGCAUCAUGCAACUGGGAGAGCACAUGUUUAACAGGAUGGGAUCUGAUGUGACCAAACAUGACUACAUCCGACAGAAAAUGAGAGAAGUUGGCAGACUUCUUCUUGAAGCAAGAAGGAUAACCCCACUGAAAACAAUGGAGGACUUCAUGAUACCAGCAAACUUCAAACAUGUCAUAUCAGCUGUGAAAGUUGUGUCUGGCUUUGACGAAGAGAAGAACUCUUACCGCAUUCCCUCUUUAGCCCUCAAACUUGGACAUUCUUUAAAAAAGAUCUGUAGCAUUGUUGAAAGUAAUGCGAUGAUGUAUGGAGACCAUGAGCGUGCUGAGUGUGCUCGAGACUUCAGAAAAGUACACCAAGCAAGGUGGAAUGAAUACAUUUCUGCUGGUGCUAUAACUACAUUAAAGGAAGCCAAGUGGAAUGCACCACAGAUCAUUCCUUUCACUCAGGAUGUCAAAGUCCUGCACGCACAUCUAGAAAAGAAACGGGAUAAAUUCCUUAAUAAACUUAAAAACUGCCCCUCUGCAGACAGCUAUGCUGCUUUGGCCAAAGUCACUCUCUCCCAAGUUAUCCUGUUCAAUAGACGAAGAGAAGGUGAGGUGUCACGGAUGCUUUUGUCAGCUUUUCAAAGCCGGGAUUCUUCUGAGCUGCAUGAAGACAUAGCCAUCUGUCUUUCUGAGUUCGAGAGGAAGCUGUGUAAACACUUUACCAGAGUAGAGAUCCGUGGUAAGCGAGGGAGAAAGGUCCCUGUCCUCCUCAAACCUUCAUUGGUUUCUGCCAUGAAGCUGCUUGUUGAAACACGUGAGGCUUGUGGUGUCCCAAAUGAGAAUCCUUUUAUGUUUGCCAGAUCUGGUGCAAUGUCUGCCUACAGAGGAGGAGAGUGCAUAAGUAAAGCUGCUCGUGAAUGUGGCAUUAAGAAUCCUGAAGCUCUUUCCUCAACCAGGCUCAGGAAACACAUAGCUACCAUGUCAAAGAUUCUCAACCUUGAUGAAAAUGAAGCAGAUCAACUGGCUGAUUUUCUCGGUCACGAUAUAAGGAUCCACAGACAGUAUUACCGGUUACCAGAGGGGACAUUGCAGCUGGCAAAAAUGAGUAAGGUCUUAAUGGCAAUGGAGAAAGGAACACUGUCCAGCUUUAAAGGAAAGAGACUUGAUGACAUUGAAAUCGACCCAAAUGAGCAACUUGAGGCCGAAGGUGAUUCAAUGUCAAGUGAUGAAGAGGAUUGUAGUGACCUGCCUCAGACAACAUCACCAGUACCAGCAGAGACUGAUCAACCAUCUGCUUCCCAGAAAGAUCAAGGUUCAUCAAUACCUCCAAAAAGAAAAUGGGAAGAAGUUGAGGUAAAAGCUGUUGAAAAACACCUGAUGAAGUUCAUCAAGACAUGCAAAGUUCCUGGUAAGCAAGACUGCGAGAGAUGCAUUCAAGCAGAGCCAGAAGCCUUGAAGGAACGUACUUGGACUGGUGUGAAAAAUUAUGUGAGAAACAGGAUCACCACUUUAAAAAAACAGGGUGGAUUAUAGGGGAGCAAAUAAAAAACACAUUUCUUUUUACUGUAAAAAAACAGAGCAUGGUGAGGAAAAGUUGCCAUGUUACAAAAACAUAAAAUAAUGAAUGCCUUUUCUAGAAUAACUUUUUAACAUGUUUAGGGCUGCAAAAUGAUGAAUUAUGACUAAUCGUUUGCAGAAUAAAAGUUUUUUUUUACAUCAUAUGUGUGUAUACUGUGUAUAAUAAUUAUCUAUAUAUAAAUACACACACAUGCAUGUUUAUAUGUAAUUUAUAAUAUAUAAACACUUAAAAUAUAAAUAGAUUUUGUUUCUUCAAAUUAUACAUUCAUGUGUGUGUAUGAGCUACAUAAUUAUUAUACACAGUACACACAUAUAUGAUGUAAACAAAAGCUUUUCUUCUGCAAACGAUUCAUCAUUUUGUAUGUUUGUAAUAUAUAAUAGGUUCCUUUCAGACAAACUAUAUUUAUAGUUUACACAUCAUGCUCUGUUUUUUAAAAAAUGAGUGAAAAUAGUAAGGAAGAGUAAAGGUGUAUGAAGAGGGAGAAUUUGUUUGAGUACAGGAGGAAACAGAAUAUUAAUGAGGAUGAGGUAAGCAAGACAGGAGAAGAGAGAGGAUUGAAUGUAAUGGUUAGACGAUAAUUUCUGUAAAAAGCUGAGGAAAGCAAAAAGAACAAGCUGAACUGACAAAUUUCUAAUUUUCAUUCUUUGUUUACAUGCAUGUUUACAUGUUGUUAUAUGUUUACAUGUUGCUAUUUUUUUCUGUCAACAUAUUCUGUUCUAUAUGCACUUUUAAAAUAUGUCAGUAUUGUUUAUUUCCUUUAAUUGUAAUUACAAUUGUUCAAUGUAGACAGAAGUUAAUUGAGUGAACUGAAAGUAAAGAGAUAAAAGGAGAAGCAAAGAUAAAAGAGAAGAGGGAGGAGCAAAAGGAAAGUGAAGUGGGAGGAGCAAGGUAGAAGGCAAGAAAGUAAAGGUGAAGAAAAGAGUGAAAGAGUUCAUAUCAGUUUCAUUGAUUAUACUGUCCUAUAUUUUAUACUGACACUUUUAUUGGCAAACUAAAAUGCACUUAACUUUUAAGUAACUGUGUUUAUGGUUAAGUGCUGUUACUGAUAUUGCCUAAAACUUCUGACAUUUAUAGCAUGCAUUUGCAUGGUAAAUAAAUGGUUUGGAAGUCA